AUGACUGCCCUACGACGUAUACAGAAGGAACUAAGGGAUAUUACCAACAAGCCUAUCGACGGCGUCUCCGUCAGUCCGCUCGACGACAACCUCUUUGUAUGGAACUGUGCCAUCAAAGCCGACUCGGAUAGCCCGUAUAAAGGCGGCACGUACAAGUUCAAGCUUGAGAUACCAGAGAACUUUCCUUUCAAGGCCCCUGCUGUCACGUUCCAGACGAAGAUCUACCACCCCGGUAUCAACGAGGAGGGUGCCAUCUGUGUGCCUAUACUGCGCGAUGAGUGGAAACCUACGAUCACCAUGUCUACCGUCUUGUCCGUCAUCCAAGAGAAGGUGAACAACCCGCUACCAGAAGACCCUUUCAUGCCAGAUAUUGCCGCGCAAUUGAAGGACAACAAGACUGCGUUCUUGGCCACCGCCAAGGACUGGACAAAGAAAUAUGCGAUAUAG